CCGGGCGACUGAGAGAUUGGCGAUCUAGAGGCUCCGAAGCGGGAGGCCUGAUUGAGCUGGGCUCGAGUGGGGCCUGGAGCGGCGGCUAUGUCUGGGACACGUCCAAGCGGCUGCGCCUCCAAGGGGAAUGGCGCGUAACGGGGCGGAUUUCAGGGGAUGGAAGGAUCGACAGGCCGACACCAGAGAACUAGAGAGGCCCACCUCCCACUCCUUUCUUCCAAGCUGUGCCAAAGGGAGGAUGAGCCUGAUGGGCAGAAUUCAAAGGAGCUGGACGGCGCUGUGAAGGAGCUGCAAGCAGCCCCCAGAGCCUUGACAUGGCACCAAAAACCAAGAAGGGAUUGAAAGGUUCCAUCGAUGAUGUCCUUGGUGACCUCCUGGGAGAUGAGACGACACCGCCUGAGAAGCCUGUUAAACUAGCUUCACGUGCCAGAGACGCCACAGGUGCAGCUCAGGCUCUCGCUCCCUCAAGGGCUAGAACAAAGUCCCUCUUGGAAGAUGAUGCCUUCAGCACCAGGGCAGGCCUGGCAGGAGCUGAUGCUGAGGUUUCAGACAUCUCCGAUGCAGACCCGCGGGCUCUGCUCCAGGCCAUGAAGGAUCUGGAUGAAAUGGACGCUGAUCUCUUGGGUCUGAAGAAGUCGAAUCUAGCCUCAAGCAAAAGGUCUGCAAAGGGUUCUGGGAAAGAAGAGCAGCCUAGUCCUCUUAAACCUGCUGGUGUGUUAACAGCCAAUGAGAAACGAGAGGCCAUUCCCACCAAGAAGCUACCUCCCUCUCCCACCAGCCUUGGGCAUCGGUACAGGAAGUUCUCCUUCGAAGACUUGGAAGACCCGUUGGCAGGACUUCUCUCUGAUGAGGAGGAAGGAAUCGCCAAGAAGCUGCCGGGGACGGAGAGUAAAACAGCUUCCGUAAAGAGCCCAGCCCCGGCCAGAGAUCAAGGGCCCUCUAUCCCUCUAACUCCUGGGAACACUCCGGUCCGAAAGAAAGAAGAGUUGCUCUUUGACGAUGGGGACGACAUCAUGGCCACCCUGGGCUUUGGAGACAGCCCCAAAGCAGAGAGGAGGCACACGGGAGACCAGGAAGGGCCCCUCCCUGCCCGCUCCAAGCUGGAAGAGCUGCUGGGUCGGGGCACUGCCGCCAAACUCCUGGCCCGUCCGGGCUCCGGGGAGCACAGGGAAUUCAAGCUGGACAAGAAGUAUCAGCGGCCCCAGGACAAAGAAAACACCGGCGGUGACGAGGACUUCACCUUUGGGGCCUAUCAGCCCACCGUGGGCUCCUCCGAGGGCCGGCAGUCCCGCCGGCAGUCCGUCAGUAGGUUCUUUGAAGGCGGCCCAGACCCCAAGGGAGAACCAGGCUCCAGACAGAGCACCCCAGCAGCAUCCAGCCCCACGCAGCCCAGGAGGGGAGGUGCCGACUGGCUGGGCCUCAAGGACGAAGGCUUGGACCUGCUCCCUUCCUCCCCGACCAGGGAGGCUCGGAGGGCACCCCCUCCCGCCAGCCAGCACUCUGCCCCGGUCGGGCUGCCCUUCUUGGGGACAGAGCCACCGACCGAGGGUACCGGUUCUCCUGCCAAAGGUAGCCAGCCUUCCCAGCCAGGAGCAUCUGAGAAGAAGGCGGAGGAGGACUGGCUGAGCCAUGCCCUGUCUCGGAAGAAGCCCCAGGGUCUGGCCAGAGAGCAGCACGACGCAGCCUGCAAGGGCCAGCACUCGGUAGGGGCGCUGCCUUCCGACAGCCAGCCUGCUGCCGGCACCCAAGGGCUCGAGCCAGCAGCCGCCGGGGGCACCCCAGGCACAGCAGCACAGAGGCCGCCUGCCCGGCCUGCCGCCUCAGGGUCCCCCGUGACUUGGAACCCCGCUGCCUUGGCCCUCCAUGCGGGUGACCCGAAGAGGGGAGCAGCCCCUGGAGAUUGCUCCGGCACUGAGCCUGCAAUUGGUUUCCCAAGCUCCCAGGACCCCCCAGGGCUCUCUGUGCCUGUCCAGCCCCUGCUCCCAGAGUCCCUGGCCUGGAGCCUGCUGCCCGGCUCCGAAUACCAGCAGCAGCUCCUGGCGGCACAGGCUCAGCUCCAGAGGGGCACUGCCGAGCUCCAGGCCGACCUCCUGCAGAGUCAGGCCCGGCUGGCGGAGCUCGAGGCCCAGGUGCGGAAACUCGAGCUGGAGCGGACACAGCAGCAGCUGCUGCUGGAAAGUUUGCAGCAGAGGCACCAGGCAGACCUGGAGCUCAUCGACAGCGCCCACAGGAGCCGAGUCAAGGUGCUAGAAACAUCGUACCAGCAACGGGAAGAGCGGCUGCAGAGAGAGAACGAGGAGCUGUCUGCCCAGUAUCUGUCGCGCUGCCAGGAGGCUGAGCAGGCCCGCGCCGAGCUCACAGCCCAGCACCAGCGGCGCUUGGUGGCCACCGCGCAGGAGAAGGACCAGGAGGUGGAGCGGCUCCGGGAGCUGCAGCGGGCCUCCAUCCUGGAGAUGCGCAAGGACCACGAGGAGCAGCUGCAGCGGCUGAAGCAGCUGAAGGACCGGGAGAUCGACGCCGUCACCAGUGCCACCUCGCAUACGCGGUCCCUGAAUGGCAUCAUCGAGCAGAUGGAGAAGUUCUCCAGCAGCCUGCACGAGCUGUCCUCCCGCGUGGAGGCCUCGCGCCUCAGCACUGCCCAGGAGCGGGAGCUGGGGAUCCGGCAGCGAGACGAGCAGCUCCGAGUGCUGCAGGAGAGGCUGAGCCGGCAGCAGCGGGACAUGGAGGAGGAGCGGAGCCGGCUCCAGGAGGUCAUCGGGAAGAUGGAGGCGCGCCUGAGCGAGCAGAGCCGGCUGCUGGAGCAGGAACGCUGGCGGGUGAGCGCCGAGCAGUCCAAGGCCGAGUCCGCGCAGCGCGCUCUGGAGGAGCAGAGGAAGGUCGUGGCCCAGCAGAUGGCCAUGGAGCGGGAGGAGCUGGAGAGGGCCAAGAGCGCCUUGCUGGAGGAGCAGAAGUCCGUCAUGCGCAAGUGUGGGGAGGAGCGGCGGCGCCUGGCGGCCGAGUGGGCCGAGUUCUGUGCACAGCAGAAGCUGAGUAAGGAGCGGGCCGAGCGUGAGGUGGAGCGGGCGCUGCAAGUGGACACCCAGCGGGAGGGCACCCUCGUCAGCCUGGCCAAGGGCUGUGAUUUGCUGUAAAACUGGCUGAGACUCUGCAGCCCCAGACUCCCCUGGCUGGACCACAAGCAGGAGAAGGGUGUGAUUAUCACCCCUGCUUCGCAGAUGAAGCGAGUGAGGCUCAGAGGUUAAAUCAUCUGCCAAAGGUGACGCAGCAAAUAGCAGAACCUGGAUUUGAGUUCUGCUCGGACAGACUCCGAAGCCCCAGGUGCUCAGCCACGGCACUGCUGGCUCCUUCUAGAAAAGCGUGCUGCACACGGUGCUUCUGUGAAGUAGAGGAUCCCCAAGCCGCUGCUUGGGGUGGUGCCCACACAGAGGAGGGAAGCAUUCGUGUCCCAAUAGAAGCCUUGUUGAAGCUUGGAGUUCAAGCCUCUCAACACACACUUGACGAAUUCCCACCUGUGUGAAGGGCCAGAGGUGGGUGUAAGGUUGGGCACAGCCUGGGAGCAGCUGGCAUUUAAGCAGUCACCUGACAGAUAUGUGGGUGAUCACAGGCAUGUGUUGGGGGAGGGUGCAGGGAGACCCAACGGGAAUGAGUUUAGAAUUAGGGUGCAGGUCGAUGAGGUCUGUAUACCUUGUUAAAGUUUGAAUUUUUAUCUUCAGGGCAAUGGGUAUUCACUGAAGUGUUUUCUACAGGGUGGAGCCAUCCUUGUGUUUUAGAAAAAGUACUGUGGCUUUGGGUGGAGAACAGACCGACCGGAGGGGGCCAGAGUGGGGACAGGGAAGCGGGCAGAAGGCUGUCUGCCGUGGUAUAGGGGAGACGGGACAGCACAGCACCGGGCGUGGCACUGAGGGACCUGGGGCCUGACAUGCAGGCAGGGUCAGGAAGGAAGACGUGUCGAGGAGGAGCCCCACGUUGCUGUCUUGGGCAACUGGGUGCCCGUGGAACAGCCAAGUAGAUACGUUCCACGGGCGAUUAGUUACGGUGGCACGUUACCCAGUGCCUGUAACUGCUCUGGAUCCCUGUCACUGGCGUUAAGGUGUGGCAGGUGGCACACACCCCCCCCUCUUCAUUAACGUUCUCCCACGCCACAGGUGGGAGACGGCUGCACACAGGACUGAGUGUUAUGUAUCUGCUGAUCUUUCUUUUUCCCUUCAAAAUUAUAAACAACUCCUCAAGGUCAUAACCCAGAUGUUCCCUGUGGAAAGAGAAAUAUUGGUGGAAAGUAAUGAUGAUCAAAGACACUGGCUGGGCUAAUACUUCCAGUUUCAGGAGUUAUUCAUGUUUAUUAUUUGCCUCAAGUUGAUACAAGUGGGAAUCCCUGCUAGGCCUUUCAAACAGUUAAAAUCCCAGCAAGCCCCAUUCUUAGAGGGUUGUAGGACAGCGAGAGAACAGGAAUGUUUUUCAAAAGUAAGGAAUAAUGGAGAAAUAACAGCCAUCUGAUUGACCAGCAAGCCCUGUGCCUCUGCCCCUGGAGGUCCCAUGAGUCUUCAUUUCUAGAGGGGCAGGCUGGGGUGGGGGUGGGUUUAGAGCCAUGUAGAAGAGGAUUCAGAAACAAAAGGAGAAGAUAAAAUAGCGAAGGAGGCCAGAUUUAAACACAUGCAGGACAUUAAGAAUAUAGGAACCCCUGUGCUCCUCCCAGCCUGAGGCACAGUCCUGGUCUCCUCACAACCUUCAGCUCUGCUCGUCGAUCAGCAGAAUUUCACUAAUAAGCAGUGUCUCCAGGAACUUCCCUGGCGGUCCAGUGGUUAAGACUCCACGCUUCCACCACAGGGGAUGCGAAAUAGAUCCCUGGUCGGGGAACUAAGAUCCCACAUGCCACGCAGCGCGGCCAAAAAAAUAAAAUAAGUAACAUCUGAAUAAAAAUGAAAAUAUAAGAAAAUAAUAAAAAUAAACAAUGACUCCUUAAGGGCAAGACUGGGUCUUAUGGGCCUUAACAUAUAGUAGCUGUGCAUUGAUGGGUGAAUUGGAGUGAGAGUGAGUUUAGCUGUUUGGCUGCUGUUUAUGAAAACCAAAUUCAAGGUGUGGCCACUUCCUGCUGGAUUAAGAGACCCCUCAUGCCAUUUCAGUGUGAAUGUGAGAGUCAAGCUUCUGCUAGUACCAGAGCAACUGAAUGGGUCAGCAGCCCUGGUUGAGACAUCAGGGAAGGCUUCCUGGAGGGACCACUUCACGGGGUCUAGGAGGUAGCCAAGCAACAGGGGGAAAGGUAAGUAGUGCAAGGCAGAAGUAACAGUAUGUGCAAAGGUCCGGUGCCAGGGGGAGAAAAGUGCUGAGUAAGUGAAAAAUAUGAAACUGAGUCCCCGUAAAACCAUGUUCCCUUACCGAGUUUAUGAUUAAUCUCUCUAUCCAAAACUUUAUUCUCUUUCUUAUCCCCCCUGAUCUCAAUGCUGUGCUAACUGAACAGUAAUCAACCAGAGUCAGAUGAUUAAAACUGCUGCUGUUGAUAACAUCGUUAAUGUACUAAAAUUGCUAUUAUUAUAGAUAUCGCCAUUAAUGUGCAAACUCAGGCUGUUUCUCCAGGGCAAGAUGAGCUAACAGACCCCCCAAGCCAUGGACCACCUGGCCAGAGAGUCAUAAACCAGAAACAUCCUGAUUCCCAAAACUUUGAUUAAGAAAUGUAGGGACUUCCCUGGUGGUCCAGUGGUUAAGACUUCACCUUCCAAUGCAGGGGGUGCAGGUUCCAUCCCUGGUCAGGGAGCUAAGAUCCCAAAUGCCUUGCAGUCAAAAACCAAAACAUAAAACAGAAGCAAUAUUGUAACAAAUUCAAUAAAGACUUUAAAAGUGGUCCAUAUU